GGUGGCUGCGGAAAGCAAGGAGGCAGGUGGGCCGCGCCGCCCCUGGUCCUCAGCUCUGCCUCCCUCCGCCGUUCUGCUGCGCGCCCACGAUGCCGCAGUACCAGACCUGGGAGGAGUUCCGUCGCGCAGCGGAGAAACUCUACCUCGCCGACCCUAUGAAGGCACGUGUGGUUCUCAAAUAUAGGCAUUCUGAUGGGAGUUUGUGUAUUAAAGUAACAGAUGAUUUAGUUUGUUUGGUGUAUAGAACAGACCAAGCUCAAGAUGUAAAGAAGAUUGAGAAACUCCACAGUCAACUAAUACGACUUAUGGUGGCCAAGGAAUCCCGCAGUGUUGCCAUGGAAACGGACUGACUAGUUUGAAAUGAAGACUGUUUGUCAUGUUCUUAGGAAGUAAAUAUCUUUUGAAUUUGAGAAAGUGUUGAGACAGAAAAUACUUUAUGUAACUAAGUGGGCUGUUCAGAUGCUGAGAGAUCAUUUUUUGUACUUUGUUUUUUAAUGUUUACUUUAGAGAGCUAGGAAUGUAAAUGCUUUCAGUUAGAAAGCGUUUAUUUUUGGAAGUGGAACAAGAAAUGCAUCUAUCUUGGAAACUUUUUGCAGGUUAUUUGAUGUUAGGGAAAAUAAAUAAUUACUCUCUGGUAAGUUUGUGUCAGUAAUUUGAAAAUGAGAUAUCAAGAAAAGCCAGUUGUUCCUUAAAUUUAGCUAAUCUGUCUUUAAAAGAAAAUUAAAUGUAACCAUUUUGCUGGAUUGGUAUAAUUCUUUCAGAGUGUAUGUUUUGUGCUCUUGAUGACCAACAAAUAUAAAAUAUGGUAACUGGAAUUAACUGUGCACAACAGUAUAGCUGGUUAUAUAUAGUAGUGUAGUCUCAAUUAUAUUUAAAAAUAAUUAUGAAAGCAAGUAUGCUUUACCUUAAACUUUACAAAUUUAAACUAUAUUUUUAAAUAUAAGGGAUUCAUAGUAUCGU